ACCGUAUCUAGGCAAUCGGGCUACCUGUCCCAGCACAUUAUUUGGAUUUCCUGUGUAUGUAAUCUGGAAGAAUGCAAGCAAAUUCUUGCUUGAAUACUACUGGAUCCGGCUGGACGCCAUUAAUUCCCGGUACUAUGUUUACUCACAGCAUAAACCGACAAGAAACGCUAGUCAACGAAUUGGAAGAUACUUCUAGUUCAAGRUCUUCGUUCGCUGACUUAUGGGACAGUUCAAUACCUGUAGAGAUAAGAGAUGACUCUAUUAGAAGAGGUGCUGUAUAUAAUCCUACAUCUGUUGUCUUGCAUAUGUGCAAUAGACAAGUCAUGGCACCAUAUUUUUUCUUGUUAUCUGUGAUUGGAUGGAGGCCACUGGUUCGCAAUACACAUUUCUUGUAUAGAGCUUUAAAUGGAAUGUACACCUUUGUCAUCAUUGGCCUAUUAUUAUUCAGCUAUGUAGCAAGUAUUAUUGCUUGCCAAACAAGGCUUAGUAUGUUAGAACAGAAAGUGAAUCCAACAGCUAUAACUCAUCCAACAACUUACCAUAACACAACUACCCUUCCUACUAUUUCACCAAAUACAACAUCCAAUAAGUCGUUUCCAUUUUGGAGCAUUCACCAAGGAACACCACUAACUGAUCAAGUGAUUACAAUGUUCACAAUGAGUCCUCUCAAAGCUGACUGGAAACCUACUGAAUGUACACAUAUCUUCAGUGGUUAUAUUGUACCAAAUCUUUUGCAUUUUGUUGCUUUUUUUCUUGGACUCUAUCAUUUCCGAAUACAAGAAAGUGAAGGUUUACAGGCUCUUAUUGAAAUGGUUUUUCUACAAAGCAGAAACCAGACCAAAGUUGUCAAGAGAUUAAGGUCCUUUCUGAUAGUUGGCUCUGUCACAUUGCUAUUCUCCACUUYUGCUUUUAUGUUAUUCCUUUAUUCAUUUGGCUUAUCGUCGGUCACAGGAUUUAGAAAAAAUAACGUAAAGCAAUGGGUAGCUUGCUGUUUCAUGGUUCUUGGAAAUCUGGUGGUAGACUGCGUCACAUUYGUCAUUGUUUUAAAUUUUUGUGCGCAGUGUCAGCUCUUGACUUUUUACCUUAGAGAUAUUGCAUUGAGGAUGGAAGAAAAGACAGCAUCACUUGAUCACAUCAUGAAGAACAUUUGGGAAGUGAAAAAAUAUGUCAGCAAUAUUAAUGGUGUCGCUGCAAAAAUAACCACAAUGGUGGUUUUCAACUACUGCGAAUUGACAGUAUUGGUUGCCUUGGUCCAUAAUGGCGUGCUUCAACAUAACAAGGUUUACAGCAAGCGUCAAGUAACUACUGCAAAACCUCAGGUUUACUCAGGCCCAUAUCCCUGUAUAGACAAGAGCGGAAACCCCGUCCUGCCGCCAUAUUUAGGUGGUCCAGCAUUUUGGUAUACUGAUGACAAAUGUCACAUAAGUGUUUGUCCAGGCCCUCUGGUGAUCACUAGAAGUUUAGGAUGUUUUCUGAAAGGAGUCCAGUGCCCACAGGGAAGCUAUCUUGAAGUUCCUCCAAAGCCUCAAUCACAGGGAGAAUGCUGUGUUUGCAAGCCAAUAAAGAAUUUAAAGAAAAGGGAUCUGUCAUCCAAAGUAAUAAAACCAGUCUUCAACAAGUCAUUGCAAAAACAGGCCCAGGAUGUCUUGAACAGAGUUYACAGAAGGCUGCGGAACACUGACAAGCGUUCCACUAAGAAGAUUAUAUCGGAAGUGACGAUUGAUUGAUUGAUUUUCAAAUAAACAUAACAUUCUUUUGCAAAACCGGCCGGGCAUAUUUUGGAUACCACUGAYCAUAUGAAAAACGAGCAGAAGCCCUUUAUCAUAUGGUUUACAGCCCUUUUGUCAGUUCUUCUAUACUUUUAGAACUCAUUUACAGGCAUGACAUCGAGGAAUAAUAAAGUGCAAGAUAACG